GAGGGGUUUAAUCAUUUUAAGGACAGGUUGUUUGUCUCACCUGAACAGUGACACACACGGAACAUCAGUGCCCGAGAACACAAACAGAAUGUCUUCGAAGCCGCACGGGAGUCCUCCGCCCUAUGAUUAUCAUACUGAGAAUGGAUAUAAUGUUGCCGCGCAGUCUCAGCCUGCGUACUCGUACUACCCUGACGAUGAGUUCCAGCACUUCUACCGCUGGACGUCUCCGCCGGGCAUCAUAAAGAUCAUGUGUGUGCUGUCGGUCAUCCUCUGCGUGGGCAUCUUCGUGUGCGUGGCCUCCACUCUGGCCUGGGACACGGAUGGUUCAGCGGCGGGAUUCGGAGGAUACGGAGGAGGCUCUUAUGGAGGCUCUUAUGGAAGCAACUACGGUGGCGGCUACGGUGGCAGCUCCUUUGGUGGUGGCUAUGGGGGAGGAGGAGGAGGAUACGGAGGCUACGGUUAUGGGAUCCUAGGAUCUCAAAAUGACCCCAGGCAAGGGAAGGGUUUCAUGAUCGCUAUGGCGAUCAUCACCUUCAUCGUUCUGCUCAUCAUCUUCAUCAUGAUCAUCUCGCAUCAGAAAGUGGCCCAGAGCAGGAAAUUUUACCUGGCCGUCAUCAUCACCAGCGCCAUCAUGGCCUUUCUCAUGUUGGUUGCCUCCAUCGUCUACCUGGUGACGAUUUACCCAAUGGCGCAGUCGUCCGGAUCUGUUCAGUUCAAUCAAGUGUACGCCAUGUGUGCCGCUUACCAGCAGCCUCAGAUGUCUGGUGCGUUCGUGAAUCAAUAUCUGUAUCACUACUGCGUUGUGGAUCCUCAGGAGGCAAUCGCUCUUGUUUUGGGCUUUAUUGUCACCGCGGCCCUCAUUAUCAUCAUGGUUUUUGCCAUUAAAACUCGCCAAAGGAUCAAUUAUCAUGGGAAGGACAACAUCCUAUGGCGCCAUGUGAAAGAAAUCCAAGACCUAAACUCACAGCCGGAUGUGGAGGGUUGGGUGAAUGAUGUGAAUGGCGUCCCAGAGCCGCUGCUGGCUGACUAUCCCGUGAAGUUCGGAGGGUCUAGGAAUGAUCUAGAUGACGACAGUUAUGACAAGCCUCCCCCCAGUGACAGUCCUGUGGAGAUUCUGCAUGAACUGCCGGUCCGUAGUUCAGUCCCGAUGAGCAGCGGGUCCGAGAUGAGCAGUUCUGCGGGACGGCCCAAGAAGCGGCGCGCUGGACGCCCUCGCACCGGUGACGCACGGGACCGGGACACAGACUACGCCUCUUCUGGAGACGAGCUGGACGACGAGGACUUCUUCAGUGAAUUCCCUCUCAUUGUUAAUAAUCAAGGGAGAGAAGAUUACAAACACAUGUUUGAUAAAGACCACCAGGAGUACAAGGAUCUGCAGGCAGAACUGGACCAGAUCAACAAGCGUCUGGCUGAUGUGGACCGACAGCUGGACGAUCUGCAGGAGGGCAGUCCUCAGUUCCUGGACGCCAUGGACGAGUACAACACGCUCAAAGACAAAAAGCGGAGCGGAGAGUACCAGGUGAAGAAGAAGAGGUGCAAGCACCUGAAGGCCAAACUGAGCCACAUCAAAAAGAUGGUCAGCGAUUAUGACCGCAGAUGCUGAAGAUGCUGCCCGUGAGGAAAGUGUGUGUGUGUGUCCAGACGUGUGGCUCAUUGCCAUUCAUGAGCUGGGCUGUGUUGCUCUCUGGACAUUUGAUUGAUAAUGCAUGUAAAUAUUAAAGGCAUUCUGAGGCAUACUGCUCAAAGCAAUAUUUUCCCAGAAUCCUUCAUGAACCAGUUGUAAUAUCAGGUUUAACUAACGUCUAAAUCCUCAUUUGUUUGUUGGAGAUUCUUUGUUCCAAAUGUCUGAUUAGCUGUUACAGAUUUAACAUGAACUUCUUGUUGUUUCAGUACAACAGUGUUUGUUUUAGUGUUUUUAUUUUAAUAGUCAUUCAGGGGUAAAUGUGCCAAAUAAUUUUCCAGGUGGGUGGUCUGAACUCUUGAUAACCGUUUAUGUUUGUACUUCAAUCAAGCUGUGAUAAGUUAGGUAAGGUUACAGAUAAACAUGUAACAAUUAGUCUUUUAAGCUGUAUUUAUACCAUUUUUAAGAACUUUUUACAUGCUGUUAUGUAAAUAUGUCAUUUAAAUGUUUAACCCUUUGAUUUUUUUCCUUUCAUUGUUUUUGAACUUUAAAUAAAAUCAUUUUUAUUGAUCAUAAA